CAAAUAAGAACAGCCACUGGCCAUUGGCUUCUCCUUUCCUAUGAAGGGCUCAUGCACUUCUGGAAUUUAGUUCAGAAUUACUGAUUUAGGGAACAUUAAAAGAAGAUUAUAUUUAUCAACGGUCCAUAAGGAACUGUCCUCAACUCCUCUUCAUGCAAAAAUCCCACUCUUCAUGAUCAAGCGCAAAAUUUGGUGCAAUCUAUGCAUAGACUUGGUAGCAUUUACCAGUGAAAUAUUCAAGGGAGCAGUUUUCCAGUCAUUGGAUGGAAUUAUUGUCUCAGCUAACUGUAAGCUGCGGAAGAUCUUCACUUUAAAAUGCAAGCCUCAAGACACUGCUGAUAAAGAUGCUGGAUAUGGUAUUCCCUUUCCAACAGAUGAACCUACAGACAUUAUUCCACGAAGCUGCCAACUAACGACAGAUGUUCCACAAGUCACACAGCUGCUAAACAUGACUAAACUCCGCCAAACUGAAAUAAAAUUCGGAGGUCAUCCUCUAAGUUCAGCAGAAUCAGAUCAGUUCAUUAACAGGGGAACAGGUAGCAUGCGGAACAGUAAAAAUCAAGAUGUCUGUCAUAUCGCUUUCGGAUCCAGAGUUCUGGGACCACCUCCACUCUCUGGCAGAAGGAAUAACAUGAGGAUAUCCAGUGAGACAGUAAGAUCCGUUGGGUCCAGAAAUAACCGAUCAUGCCAACAGUCUGUGACUGAGGACUGUGUUAGCAGUGCAGAGAUGUCAGCCUUGCUGAUGCCGGAGUCUGAGGAGCAAGCAGAUAAAGAAAAUAUUCGCCAAAUAAAGCAGACUAUACCUGUUCGUGCUGAUCUGCAAGUUAUGCAUCCACAUCCCCCUCAAGAACCAUCAGCAGAUAAGAAUAAUAGCAGGAGAAGAUUAUGGUUAAAGAGCACCAGCAGAGAAAGGACAGAGGCACACAGCGGCAGUUCUUCAGGAAAUAACAGGAAUGAAGAUAAAGCAACAGUUGCCCUCAACAGUGGGUCCCAACAAAGCACAGAGAUGAACCCCAGCUCUCCAGCACUGCAGUCUCCUGAUCAAGCAGAUGAGUGGAUAUUUCCUGAAAAUGAUGAUCGCAUUUCCCAUUUGGCGUCCAGCAGACAGUCUCUCCUUCUGGAUGAUGAUUCCUGCCACACUUCACAUCUGUGGCUGGAAGCCAGCAAGGAGAGUGAACAUGGCCAACUGGCAGAGGAAACCCAGGUUGUUCCAAAGGACAUUUUCACUUUUUCAUCAAGACCACGAUCAGCACCUCAUGGAAAAACUCAGAACAUGUCCCCAGAGGGGUGCCCAUUUAUUUUGGAUCUAAAAGAGGAUGCCAGUGUGACAAGGAGAGACACCAAAUCGGAGGAUGAUUUUUACGGUGGUGACAGCAGCGAAGAGGGUAACGACACUAUCCAGGGUUCCCCGAGCCCAACAACUAGUCCUUCAGGGUUAACUCAGCUAACAUUAGAGAACACGUUGGGGAAGGCUGCAAGGCGGACAGAUAAAGGACCUCUAAAAAGUGCCUACGCAGAAGCAGGAGCAUCAGAAACCCAGAAUUCCUUGGCAAAGCAGAUAGAUAGAAAAGACUUUCAAAUGAGUGUGGUGCCUACACCAUGCCUUUCUCCCCCGGGAAGAAGUGAAGCCUCUCAGAAAACUCCAGAUCCCGUUAUCAAAGCAAAGGACCGACCAGUCCAUCAAGUACCAGCUUCAAUAAACAAAACCUCCCUAAAGGAGAUCUCGGGGGAAAAGUUGAGACCGAUUCCUGAAGUAUCUAAAAGAAGAGAAAGCAGUAGCUGUCUCAAAGGGUCCUCCGAGAAAGAAUAUGAUUGGAGAAACUAUCAGCCCAGCCAGAUGAGUGAAUCUGAGUUGCAAAUGUUGGCAAGCCUGCGGCGGCAACAGAAUGAAGAACUGGAGGACCCAGGGGCUCCCCAUGGCCUGAGCGCAUCCCAGGUUGACAACUGUAACGUCAGCAUUAGUACCAGCAGCGACGACACGACCACCUGGAACUCCUGCCUGCCACCACCUGUCAACCAGGGUCGUCACUAUCAGAAAGAAAUGAAUCCACCUUCUCCUUCUAACCCCCGCUGCUGUAUCUGGAAAUGAUGGAUCCCUGAAGACUCUUAGCAUUUUUAACUAGCAGAAUGAAGAACUCGCACGAUUACCCGGGCCUCCCCAGCCACUGUUAUCCAUCCACAUGAUGAACUCAGAUUAC